CGGUCCUAUUGUGUGGCCGUGCGCGUCGGUUGGUGUGCGCGCGCGGGGCUGUGUAGUGUGUGCGAGGGGUUGUGUGUGUGUGCGGGCGGGGCUUUGUGUGCUGCCCGGCUCUAGGGAGCCGGCAGCUGCCCCGAUUGGGCGGGCGGAUCUCGAGUGUGUGUCUGUGUCUGUGUGUGCCUGUGUCAGCGUGUGUGUCUGUGUGUGUGCAAGGAGGAGGAGAGGGGAGAGGAGAGAGAACUCUUCAGUGGACCCUUCUUUUCAUACGCCCGGAUACUGGGUGUCGCUGUAGCCUCCUCGGGCCCUCUUCUCGAGUCUUUGCGUGCACCGUCGUGCCUCAGUUUCACCACCUGGACCGCAGAACAAGUAGCACCAGCGCUUUCUUUCUUUCUUUGGGACGGUGUUUCGUUUGGGCAAAGUGAGAUGAAGCAGGGCCAGCCCUGGGAAUUAUCUUCCCCACUGAUCCUGGACACAGACCGCUAUUUAGGUCGUGCGACCCCCGUACUUGCCCCGCAGUGGAUGCCAUCCUGCCAGGGGAGGCGCCUUAGGAGAGGACCCGGGGCUUCAUCUCGUGGCCCUUUGAACCCGGCAUCGCACAGCAUGUGCAUCCUCUGGUCCGGCAGAGCAGCAAGCCUCCGUCCCUCCCAGAGAGCGUGCAGUUCCCAGGAACUUUUCUGCUGAUACGGGCACGCGCGGAAUUCCAGCCCGGGAGCCCUUUCUCUGCUGACCCUGCCCGCAUCCCACAGCUGUCGGCUGCCCCUCCUCUGCCCCUAGUACCGUUGGGCCCUGCUGAAGUGCAGUCCCCUGAUGUUUAUUUCAGCACAACGGGUGCCCCCAAAGUAGGUGACAGGGUCCAGUGAACUUCUUUCAGCAGAAGCCUGCUUGCCCGGCGUUUGUGCCAUCCACAUGUCUACUUUUUCUCUGAUUUCCCCCAGUGCUUCUUGCAGCUGGCCUGUUGAGGUGUUUUUGGUUGUGUGUUUGGUGGUCACGGUGAAGCUCAGUUCAUUCUGACCUGCUCCACAGAGAGGUGUGUGCUUUGAAUGGGAAAUCUCCCUCUCCUUUAAGUACCUGAUCCCGGGCAUCCUCAGAAUCUGCUGCCCAGUCUUCCCCCUGUCAGACCUAUGACGUCAUCCCCACGCCUCCCAGACUCCAUUUAGAAGUCUGUGGCUUUGCUGUGGCUUCUAGUGGUGGGAUGAGGGCAUAGGCUGCCUGGAGGCUGCUGUAGAUUGUUAAUAGGAUCUGGGUCAGAGUGCUCUGAUACUCCUGAAAUCCUGGGCUAACCCAGGAGAGACAUCUGAGGGGCCACUGGUAGCCCUGGGUAGGUGUGAAUUAUUAUUUGGAGGCUGUUUUAGCAGGCGGACAUCCAGGGCAUCUCAGACAACAAGACCUGCCUGGAGGCACGCACUGAGCUUGUGUAGCUGUGGUGUCCAAUGAUAACACUCAAGAAGGAAAGUCUGGAAGCCGUCUGCUCUCUGUGUGUGUCCUCAGAGAGCUACUUGUGGCCUAGUGGAAACUUAUGUAUUGCAUCUCCCAGUUGGUACUAGGUUGCUUCAGUUAAGUCUCCAUUUUUGUAAAAAUAAUUGUACAGUUAAUUUUGUCUCUCUUUGGUCAGUGCUGGUUAUUUAAUAUGCAUAUAUAUGUAUGAAAUAGGACUCUCCGUUUUGUUCCACAGUAGCCAUGGUGGUCACAUAGGCUUGGGAGAAGGGCAAGGAGUUGCCUAAUGUCUCAGGUAUCAGUUUUACCUUAUCUGCUUUGUGAUGGGUUAGUCAGGGUGGCUUUGAAUCAUCUUUACAGUUGCUGUUUAGAGAUCACUAGGCAGGUUGGGAAAGGAGCCCUGGUGGUGCAGUGGUGAAGCACUUGUUUGGCUACUAAGGGAAGGUUCAGGGGUUCAAACCCACCAGCCUCUUCUUGGGAGAAAAAUGUGGCAGUCUGCUUCUGGAAAGGUUAAAAUCAAAACCAAACCCAUUGCGAUGGAGUUGAUUCCUACAGGACGGAGCACUGCCCACGCAACAGCGAUGGUUUUAGGCAGGUUGGCCUAUGUGCAUUUUUCAGGUUAUGUUAAACAUUAUCCUUUUAGGACGGAUCCCCCUGUGACCCCAAGUGUUGCCAGUAACAGGGCUGGUCAUUUUUUCUGAUGCAGACAAGGCGCCCUGGCUCUGAGACUAUAGAGAAGCCUGCGUUGUUAAGUUUGGGCUUUAUAGUGGGCCUGCAGAUUUUACCCUUCUAUCCCUGACUCCACACUUCAGUGUUCUUCUGGGAAGUUGAUAAAACAAGAGAUUCCAAAUCCAGUACUUUGGAUUUUUGUUUCCAUCUGAUAGUCUGGGAAGAAAUCUAGGGUUAAGAUUGAGGCCUCGUUUGAGUCCGGGGUCUUUGUAGGGCGGAAAGUCCACUGACAUUCCAAGAGCAUUUGGAGAACUUUGUUAUUCAGGAACCUUCUCAGACACCUUUGUGUUUUUUCUUCUUCCUUUGUUUUUAUUGUCUAAUUGUUUGUGUUAGGGAAGUGAAGCAUUGAUUUGGGCUGUUAGUAUUUUUUAACGUAUCCUGUGUGUAAGACUCAACCGGGGUCUCGUCAUCUGACAUCCAGUUUCUUUUCAUUUGGUUAGACGCAGUGGGUCAGUGCGCAGGUCUGGAGGACAUUUCUCAUGCUGGCCAUGUCCUGUGGUUGGUCAGUCUUCUCACCUCCUCCUGUGCUGACCUUUGCUCAGACUCCCUGACACUCUCUGUCAGCGAGGCUCGAUUUUCCCCCAUGUGUACGCCGGGGAGUGCAGGUAUUGACAUUUUCUCCUGGAAGGAAUCUGUGUAAUGGUGUGACGGGGUGGGUGGGUGGUUUUUUUUUUAAGGAACUGUGUAGCUAAGUAGAGUCCAGGUAGAUGAGAGACUGCAGCACAGAAGUACAAAUAAACACACUUUGUUGCUUUUCAUCUUCAAAGAGCUGUGGCUCAGACUCCCUACUGGGGUGUGAGAUGUUUUUUCCUGACAGCCCACUUGGGCCUUUUACCUUGGGAUAAAUGGGGUAUGGGGGAUGUGAGAAGGAGUGGGUGGGAUGGUAAAUUCUGGGCUUUGAAGCCUGGUUUACACACUUUUUUACCAGAGUCACCAGGGCAACUUGAAAGCGGGCCUAUGUUGUCAUCUUUGUAAAACACUGUAAGAGAAUUUGGGGAUUGAGAAAGUUUAUCAUAAAAUAAUUUCACGUUAACUUGGCCUGUUUGCGUGGGCAAGGGGAGGAAAGGGAACCCAUUUAUGGAGCAUAUCCUCUCUGUGAGAAGCUUUGCUCAUCACUUUAAACACAUAUCUCCUCCAGUAUUCCCAACGGUAUUGUGAGACAGGAAAUCGUUAUAUGGUUCAGGAGUGAUCAGUAGUAGUACCCAGGAUGCCACAGUAGAGCCGAAGCCUAGAUUCUAACUCAAGUUUCUCUUGCCCGUCAAGCACAGGCUUUCCCCACUGUCCCCAGGCUUCCUUUACAUUACUUCCGCACCUUUCCUCCCACAUGCUUUUGUGAAUUAACACAGGCGGUAAGAUUGUUUCCAUUAACCUCCCCACCCCGCCCCCCAAGAAAAUCUGCUCACUUGGUGAUCACGGCUCUGAGCUGCUUCUGCAGAGGCAUCAGCUUUCUCUGGAGGCCACGUUGAUGUUCAUGAUGUCAUUGUGUUACGUGGCAUUGAGUCAGUUCAGACUCACAGACUCAAUCUUUAUGGGGAGCCCUGGUGGCACAGCGGUUAAGCGCCCGGCUGCUAACCAAAAGGCUGGCAGUUUGAAUUCACCAGCUGUGCUGCGGGAGAAAGAUGUGGCAGUCUGUUUCUGUAAAGAUCACAGCCUGGGAAGCCAUAUGGGGCAGUUCAGCUGUGUCCUGUAGGGUCACCAUGAGUCGGAAUCCACUUGACGGCAGUGGUUUUGUUUUUUUUAGUCUUUAUGAGAGCAGAUCAGCAGGUCUUUUCUCCCUUGGAGCCACAAGUAGCUUCAAACCUCUGAACUUUUGGUUAGCAGCCAAGCACUUAUCCAUUGCGCCACCAGGGCUCCUUGAUGUUCAUAAUAAAUACAUAAAAUAAAUCUCUAUCUUAGAGAAAAAAUGGACUUUUCAAAGUAACUCUGACUCUGGUCUUGCUGUGUGCGUGGGUGAGAAGAGCCUGUGGUGGUGGAAGACACUACAGGCCAAGGUUUGGUUUCUUGACCUGAGUUGUAGUCACAUGGGGGUUUGUUUUCAUUCAUUAAACUCUGUAUUUAUAUUUUCCCCAUGUCUUACAUGUUUACUGUAUUUCACAAUUAAAAAAAUAAAAGACACUAUAGGCUGUGGACAUGUCUUGGAGUGAUGGGACUGCUUUUUAACUGUGAGGUAGCCCUAGGCACAAGUCUGGUUUUGGUUGUUGGAUUUUCUUGUUUGUUCUCUCCCCUUUCUUUGAAAUAUUCUGGAAAUGCUUGCGCCAUUCUAAUGAUGGCUUUUUUUUUGCCAGUGAUUUUUACCUGACAACCAGGGAGACUUUUUAAAUCAGUAGCUUCUCUGUGUGUGUACCAGCCUUUCUUCCAGCAUAAUUAUAAAAGGAGCUACUCAACUUCAAUGCUGAAGAGCACUCUUAAAAAUGUUUCCUGGAGAGCAGCCAGGUGCUUUUGAAGAUGCUGUGUAUGUUUGUCACAUCAUUUGCUUGAUGUUUAACAUUGUUUACCAGGUUAAAUUGACUUCUGUGACAUGGUAAUUGCUGGGUCAGAGGGAUUGUAUUUUUCGUUUGCUGGUGAGUCAACAACUCUUGGUGACCCGUGUGUGCCGGAGAAGAACCGUGCACCAUAGGAUUUUCAGUGGCUGAUAUUUCAGAAGUAGAUCACCAGGCCUUUCUUCCAAGGCACCUCUGGGUGGACUCAGACCUCCAGCCUUUUGGGUAACAGUGAGCAUAUUAACUGUUUAUGCCACUCAGGGACUCUGAGCAAAGGGAUAGCAAAUGUUUAUUUGAGGUAGGAUUGUUAGGGCUGCUAGAGAUAGUUGCAGGGAUGGGUUAAUCUAGCAUGGGGUUUCUCAUCCCUGGUACUUUUGUAGAUGCUGAAUUUGUUUGGCGUUUAAUAUUGUUUACCGGAUAUUAACAUUUUGGGCUGGGUACUUACUUAGUGUGGGAGAUUGCCUUGUGUGUUGUAGGGUAUUUAGCAGCAUCCUGGUCUCUAUCUACUAAAUGCCAAUAGCGCCAUGCCACCCCCCCCCCCACGGCAUUGUAGCAACCAACAGUGUCUCCAGACAAUGUCAGAUGUCCUCUGGGGGUAAAAUCACAGACAAUUGAGAGCCCCCGGUUUAGUGUGAGUGAGCCCUUUCAUUGGUCCUUCUUGAGCAUUAUUACUGCUGAUCCUAAAAAUGCCUUUCAAAUGCAGUGGGUCAGGAUGGCAUCCCUCUGCCAGGGGGGCUUUGAGUCCUCAGGCGUCUGUCCGCUUUAUGUCUCCGUGCCACACAAGUUACCGUGAAGAUACCUUAACUGGAAAUGCCACAAAAUCUCUCUCCCCAUUUGUGCCAAAGUGCAAACUUGUGGAAUUUUAGGAACUCAUCAGUUUGGUUCCCUCGGGAGAGAUGUACGCUGAAAAAGCAGGUAAAAGGCAGGUGACAGGUGACGCCACAAGUCACCUGGUAUCCUGAAUGUUAAACCUGGGAGCUCAUAGGCUCUCAGGGCUGGUGGAGAACCCUGCCUGAAGGUUUGCCUUGGGAGUUGUGUAUUGAAAUCUUAACCCUGGAAAUUCGUUUUCCUCCAUUCUACAGAGUACUUAUUGUUCUUCUAGCUCCCCUUUCCAUCCCCGUAAUUCCUUCUGCCUUCCCAUCAAAAGGCUUUACAACCUGAGUCAGUUCUGCAGGUGGUGAGGAAAAAUGUCUUUACUAGUGGCAGGUUGAUUUUUAGAACUUUUCAUCUUCUGCUUUCUUCUCUGAAGUCUUUUUCAGGUUGUGUUCUGUGUCACUUUAUAAAACUUCACUUUCUUGAAGACAUUUUUCCUUCCAGCUGUCAUUUUCCUUUGUCCUAUUCCCAGACUUCCCUUGCAUGUUUUACUUCCUCCUCUCUUCACACUAGGGACCUACAUUGUCUGCCAUCGUUUGAAUUCCCACGAAAAAUCCCAGCCAAACCCACUGCCGUCGAGUCAGUUCUGACUCAUAACAACCCUAUCAGACAGAGUAGAACUGCCGCAUGACAUUUCCAAGGCUGUAACCUUUACGGAAGCAGACUGCCACAUCUUUCUUCUGCGAAGUGGCUGGUGAGUUCGAACUGCUGACCUUUUGAUUAGCAGCUAAUUGCUUGAACCACUGUGCCACCAGGGGUCCUAUUCCCACAAAAAGGCACUACCAAAAGAGAAGCACUGGGCUUCCUGUGGAAUCCCUGGGUAGUGCAAAAGGGUAAGGACUCAGCUGCUUACCGAAAGGUUGGUGGCUCGAGUCUAUCCACAGGUGACUUGGAAGAAAGAUCUGGCAGUCUACUUCUGAAAAAUUAGCCGUUGAAAACCCUGUGGAGCACAGUCCUACUCUGACGCAGUUGCGGUCAACAUGAGUCAGAAUUGACUCGAUGGCAGCUGAUUUGAUUUGGUGUUUUGGGGGCACCCUCUGGAGAGGUCUGUGUUGUCUCAGCUCAGGCACAUUUGUCUCCAGCCAUCAUGCCUUCUUCCAGCCUUGUCCAGGGAGGAACUCCACCUUCCCAAGCACGCUAUCCUUUUCUUUUCUGUCUUUAGGUCACUAGAAAAACCUUCCAAAGUUUUAUUCAGCUGCCACCUCCAGCACUGUGUUGUGCUCUAGGGAUGCCAAGUCCCAGGAUGGCACAAAUAGUUAAGUGCUUUACUACUAACCAAAAGGUUGGCGAUUCGAACCCACCCAGAGGUACUUCAGAAGAAAGACCUGGCAAUCUGUUUCUGAAAGGUCACAGCCUCGAAAGCUGUAUGGAGCGCAGUUCUAUGCUGCACACGUAGGGUCUCCAUGAGGGGGAACUGACUCAACGGCUAGUGGUUUGGUUUUGGUUCAGGGAUGCCAGACCAGUUACUCUUGAGUCGACUUUGACUCAUGGUGACUGCAUGUGUGUCAGAGUAGAACGGUGCUCCAUAGGGCUUUCAAUAGCUGAUUGGUGGACUUGAACUGCCAACCUUUCAAUUAGCAGCUGAGCACAUUAACUGGUUUACUGGAUGCAAAACCCAGGGUCUCUGCUAAGGUGCAAAGAUGUGUAAGACUUUUCUUUGUCCUGGAAGAACCUAAUGAUCUACUCAUGCAAGUGAGGUUGUUUUGCCAGCUUUCAUUAUCUGGGAAGGGCAGAGGCAGUUUUCUGCAGACGGCCUGUUGGAAGCCUUCUUCAACGUGAGAUGUGCUGAUGGAUCUUCAACCUCGAUGGGAACAGAACCGCAUGGAUGUCACAGGCUUUGGCAAACAUGGGGACCACGCCUUCAGAGAUACUAAAUCUGUGUAUCAGUCAUGAACGAGUUUCAGAGAUGAUAUCACCAGUCCUAGCUUGCUUGUUUAGCUUUCUGAAUAAAAUCUUGGGGUAUGUAUGUUAGAACUCUAGGGCUGUUCUGGCUCUAGAUUUCUGAGAUUCAAACAAGAAAUGUCUUCUGUGUAUUGUGGACGGCAGCCUACUUUAUUUUAUGGUUUUAGCACAGAUGUAUCUCUUUACAUUUUUUGGCCUCUAAUCCUAGAUUGUAAACUUCUUAAGAGCUGGGAUCCUGUGUUAAACGGGUAUGUCAUAUUUCAUUUCUUUUGUGGUAUCUAGGAGAAUAGGAAUGACUACCAUGCACUGAAGGCUCACUCUGCCUGGCAUGUUGCCAAGCACAGUGUAUGUUUUAUUUUGUGUUAAUCUUCUUGAAUUAACAGCACUGCAAAAAUAAUAUAUUGAAUGCAUACUCAUUAUAAAGAAUUCAAACACAAAGGAGUAAUUAUAAUAAAACAUCGAAGUCUUCCUUUGUUCUUUCUCAUCUUUCUUCGCUCCUCUCAGCAAGUAGUAUUAACUGUCUGGUACAUGUCAGAUUAGCUUUGUUGUUGUUAGCUGCCAUUCAUUUCAGCCCCCAGCUCACGGUGACCCCAUGCACAGUGGGAUCAGACAGUUGUGAUCCUCAUAGGGUUUUCAUUGGUUGAUUUUUUUGGAAGUAGAUUAUCAGGCCUUUCUUCCUAGUCGGUCUUAGCUUGGAAGCUCCACUGAAACCUCAGCAUCAUUUACUCCUUCCCGCCACCCUUGCUGAGUUGACUCUAACUCAUAGCGACCCUAUAGGACAGAGCACAACUGCCCCAUAGGGUUUCUUAGACUGUAAUCUUUACGGAAGCAGACUGCCACAUCAUUCUUUUACAGAGCAGCUGGUGACUGGUGAGUUCAGACUGCCAACUUCGGUUAGUUGGUGAAGCGCUUAACCACUACACCACACUGUAUCAUAGCAACAUGCAGACCUCUACUGUGCGAGGGGUGGUGGCUGCGCUUGAGACUCAUCAGUGGGAAUCAAACCAGGACCUCCGGCAUAAAAAAAAAAAAAAAGACAAGAAUUCUAUUACAGAACUAUCGCUGCCCCCAAAUUAGCCUUAAAAUGGGUUUAUUUGUAUAUAUGUAUUUGUGUGUAUCUAUGUAAAAUAUAUACACACAUAUACAUGUAUGUGUGUGUGUAUUAUGUGUAUGUAUUUACCUAUGUAUAGUUUAAGGAGUUCAUGCUUACCUAUAUUUGCAGUUCUUUGCUUGCCUUUUUUUUUAAACAAAGAGAAGCUUAUUUUCUUACAAUAAAGUAGGCUAAAGGUCCAGAUUCAGGGUGUCAGCUCCAGGGGAAGGCUUUCUCUCUGUCAGCUUUCUCAAUAGUCUUCCCCCAGACUAGGAGCUUCUCUGCACAGAGACCCUGGGUCCAAAGGAGGCGUUCUGCUCCCGUCACUGCCUUCUUGGUGGUAUGAGGUCCCCCUGUCUAUCUGCUUUGCUUCUUUUGGCUUUUUUUUUUAAAUUUAACUAUCGUAGUUUAUCAGUUCAGUGAGUUCAUACUUAACUGUAUUUGCAGUUCUUUGGCUUGCUUUUUAAAAUUUUAAGUAUUGUAGUUUAUCAGCUCUUCUUUGAGCCACAUGAAUUGGUCACAUCUGCCUCUGGUUGCUCAGAUACUUCUUUUAUUGUAAGGCAUUUGGUAGUUUUUGCAACCUUCACUUGCAUUGCUCGACUUGUGGAUGGCACUCUUUUUACCUGUAUUUCAGAAGCAGAAUGUAAUGAAGCUUCAGUUAUUUUUGAGUGUCUUCAUCUCUUAAGUCCCUUGGUACUUAAGUCCCUCUUAAGUGACUGACCGUUGCUUUUCAAGAAAAUAUGGAAUUGUAAGUCAUCCUUUGAAGUGACAGAUAUUUGCUUUCAAUUUUACGCUCUGUUUCCCUGGCCUUUUGUGUACAUAACAUUUUUUCUUUUCAAUGCCAACUUUUAGUGUAACUGUUUAGGAGACAUUCUAAAUAGUGAUUACAUUCAACUUGUGUGGCAUCAACACUGCACAGAACUCGACGGAAGUGAUGUCGCAUGAACGGCUGCGACCAGCUUCACUCAGGCACCUCCAGCGACCAGUGAAUCACAGCUUCCUCCCACUGUGUGCUAUUAUGGCACAUCCUGCUUUCGAAGAUUGUGACAGUGUCAAAGACCUGUGUCUUCAAAGGAAUCUUUCAUUUCAUAUAUAUCUGUUCCUUUCAGGUCAUGCAUAUCUACCUUGUUCUUUUAAAGAUAACUUGAAAAAUAGCUUCAGAUAUAUGGGUAUACUAUAAUUUAAAAUUUCCCUCUGCUGGUGGAUCUUAUUUCAUUUUCAACAAUUUAACCAAGUAAGCAGUAUACUGCGCCGUUUUAUAGAUGAGGAAACAGAGGUUGAGGAAUUUUCCCAAACCUUCAGCCCACAAGAGGUGGAAUCAGAAUUGGCAUGCAGGCCUGCCCAACUGAAACCUGUGCUCUUAACCUUAUUGGCUGUACUGCUCUGGCUGGAGGAGGCACGUAACACGCUGUUUGUUGGAAGAAGGCAGUGCAGUCCCUAGCGUGUGCUAGAGAAUUCCCUCGUUGGUUAGUGAUGUCAAUCCAGACUCCUCCUUUAUUGUAUUGAACACAAUCUGUUUUUUUUUAAAUAAACAUUCAACUGGCCUGUUUUUGGCAGAUUGAAACUGGUGUUUUGCUGUUACCCCUGUGGAGAAACUUGUAGGCAUUUAAAUUGGCUUUUGCAGAGGCUUGUUUUGUUACAAGAAACAACAACAAUAAUAAAAAAACUAUUUCAGCACCCUGAGUCUUGCCUUUGAAUAUAUUACAGUUGGAGAAAUUCCCCCCCCCCUUUGAUGGAAAUAAUUUGUUGGUACACCAACCAAAAGCAAUUUCUUUUUGGUUAGUACUUCUCUCAGAUGUGCUGGGUGCCAAGUAGAAGGGCCCACUACGUAGUUUAAAAUGUCUAGAAAUAGAUUUUCAAAGCAAAAACAUAGUGCUGAUUAUAAUGCCUGGUAUCAAAAGGGAAAUUUAAAUUUCAUCUGACCCCGAGCUUAAACUUGUAUAGGUCACGUGAGGGAGCAUCAUUUCUGAAUAACCAUGGAUAGUAUUUAUUGUGAGAGAUGGAAUGUUAAUGUGUUGUUCCAGAAAGAAGUUAGAGGUUUUCCUUUUAAAAAAAAACUUAAAAAAUUUAAUUUUAUUGUGGUAAAACGUAUGUAACAAAAAUAUUUUUUUACCAUUUUUGAAGUGUACAGAUCAGUGACAUUAAUUACUUUCAUCUUGUGCCACCUUCAUUACUGUCAAUUUUCAAAAAUUUUUAUUACCCUUAAUAGAAACCCAGUACCCCUUAAGCAAUAACUCCCCAUUCUCCCAUCCUCCCAGCCUCUGGUAACCACUAAUAUACUUUUAUCUCUAUGCAUUUGUGGCGGUCUCCUUUUAACGAGUCAUUGCGACAUCGGGAGACUAUAAAUUGAGUGAACUCGCUGGUUUCCAAACCAGGCAGUGGUUUUUGACAGACAAACAGUGCACUGUGAAGACUGUGGUUGCCUCUGGCCUGGAGAGUGGCCACAAAGAGGGAGGGCAGUCAUUUAGCUUAUUCUGGAACGGGCAUUGGAUAGCCAGUUGCAGGAGGGAUAUGGGAUUUAUGAAUAACUUGAUUUAGAAGACUUGCAAACCCAAGGUGCCAGUGUUCCACGUGGCGGGGGGAUACUUGUGUGUUUGUUGGCAUAGAGAAAUGAAAACAUAAAUGGUGUUUAAUUUUAUUGUGCUAAAAAUCCCUUCUCGUUAUUAUAAGGCCCAGUGAGGUUAACUUUGGGAAUGUCAGAAGUAUGUGUCUUUGAUGGCAUUACUGGAACAUUUUCCUUCAGCUCUAGCCUUGAAUCAGAGCAGUGUUCUCCAGGAGUCAUUAAACUAAUUGGACAUGGCUGGAAAAUGAGCUCUAGUCACACUUGUAGCUCCACAGUCAGUUGAAAAAAGUCUCUCAAUUGGUUUGCAAAGUUCUAAAUUUAACUUGUUUUUUAUUAUAAAAAUAAAAUGGGGGAGAGUUUGGAGAAGAUGGAAGAAAACUUGUCUUAGUUAUCUAGUGCUGCUAAAACAGAAAUACCACAAGUGGAUGGCUUUAACAAACAAAUUUAUCUUCUCACAAUUUAGAAGUCUGAAUUCAGGGUGCUGGCUCUAGGGGAAGGCUUCCUCUCUCUUUUGGCUCUGGGGGAAAGUCCUAGUCUCUUCAGCUUGUUUCCUGGUUCCUUGGAGAUCUCCAUGUGGCUUGGCGUUAAUCUUCUUGCAUCUCUGCUUCUCUUGCUCUUCUUCUGUAUCUCAAAUGAGAUUGACUCAAGAUACAUCCUACACUAACCCUGCUUUGUUAACAUAACAAAGGCAACCCAUUCCCAAAUGGUAUUAUAACCAGGGGCAUAGAGGUUAGGAUUUACAAUAUAUAUUUUUGGGUUAUGCGAUUCAAUCCAUAACAGUGAUUAACAACAGGGCAUUUCAGUGGAGCUAAAGCCAUAAAAAAUUGUUGAUGCUAGGAGAAACUGGAACAAAACUGUAAGGGGCUUCAAAAAUAGACAAAAACAUCAGCACAAGUUGGAUUAAAAAGUAUGAUACUAGCAAGUAAGCCCAGUUGGUAGAGACCUGGGGAAGCAGAACUGGAAAGAGUUGAUGUUAAUUAUUAUAAAAGUUGGAAAGAAUGGCCUUUUCAUUAGGAAUAUGCUAUAUUAAUGACAGAUGGAACUAAUCUUGUAAAUGUUAGAGAAACUCUGAAUAUAGGCAGACUUUAUAAAGGGCCCAAGAGAUACAGUAGGUAAAGAUUUAGCAAGCUCAGAGUUCAUUUACAUUACCCAAGUAGAUGAUAAUGACAAUACAAAAAAAGCUGAUGGAUGUAGAAAAUAGAAUAAAGACAUUCCAUUUUUGAAUAAUAGGUAUACCAGCUGAAUUGGAGACGAUCGGAAAUUGGAGUAUAUGUAUUCAGGAAAGUAACAUUGUCCAGUAUUGGGGAGGCAGUACCAGUGUCCUUUGAAAAUACCUGUAAAAUUUGAUUCAGCAACAACCCUGAACAGAAAAAGAACUCUUUUCCUUUUUUGUGCGAGUAGAGGGUAUGUCUCGUUCUUUGAUGCCUGACUUGUUUGCUGCUACCCCUCAGCACUGGAUUCAGUGCCUGGCAUAGUGCCAGGCACAUAGUAGGGUUUCCUAUAAGUUACCCAGGAGAAGGUAUGGGGCAGUCAUUAAAGAUACAUGACUGUGACUUUGAAGAAGAGAAGGAAUUGAGGGAAGCCUCAGAUGAGACCCUUUGGUAACAAAUUGUUUUUCUUCCUCUAGUCUUUGGAACAGUCUUAUUCAUCUUUAAAGACCUACAAAGAUCUUUACAAGAGACACUCUUGGCUUAAAAAAGAUAAGAGAAAGAGGCCUUUGAGAGGAAAGUGGAUUACAGCAAUUUUAAAUCAGGUGUUAAGUUAGACAACACAUAACAAGACCAGCAUGUGGCGUAUAAAAAGGGCUUCUGACAGGUUAGCAAAAACUGCUAUGCUUCUGAAUUCCAUUUGAACAGAUUUUAGCUAAUUUACUUAUUGAAUAGGAGAAAUCAUCAAGAGGAAAAAGUGAAAAUGGUUCUGCUAAAUAAAAUAUCAGUGUUAAAAAAAAAACCCUGAACAGCAAGGAACUUAAGGUUAUCUUCUUGUCUAGUUUAAAAGGAAAUAAAAACUUGCUACUGAAGCCACACAAGUUUUUCGAGGAAGGAAGUGCAUCAAUAAAUAUAAUCUUGGAAAUGAAGCAUGAUAUAAAUACGUCAACUGUGAGCAAAAUGUCACUAACGCUUAUUAAAAACAAAACAAAAUAAAAACACUCAUUCUUUCAUUACAGGAGACAGUAAAAACCAAGAGAUAUAGAUGGAAUGAAAAGGUAGGGAAAUAAAAAUCCAGUAUGCAAGGGCUACUUUUCAAGUUUAUCAGCAUUGUUUAUUAUAGUGAAAAACUGAAAAGCAACAAAAUGCUUCUGAUCAAAGAGAGCCAGCUGCUCCCCGGGAACAACUUCACCAACGAGUGCAACAUUCCGGGCAACUUCAUGUGCAGCAAUGGGCGGUGUAUCCCCGGCUCCUGGCAGUGUGACGGGCUGCCCGACUGCUUUGACAAGAGCGAUGAGAAGGAGUGCCCCAAGGCGAAAUCGAAAUGCGGCCCGACGUUCUUCCCCUGCGCCAGCGGCAUCCACUGCAUCAUUGGCCGCUUCCGGUGUAACGGGUUUGAGGACUGUCCUGACGGCAGCGACGAAGAGAACUGCACAAACCCCCUGCUUUGCUCCACUGCCCGCUUCCACUGCAAGAACGGCCUCUGCAUUGACAAGAGCUUCAUUUGCGAUGGGCAAAACAACUGUCAAGACAACAGCGACGAGGAAAGCUGUGAAAGUUCUCAAGAGCCGGGCAGCGGGCAGGUGUUCGUGACAUCGGAGAACCAGCUCGUGUACUACCCCAGCAUCACCUACGCCAUCAUCGGCAGCUCCGUCAUCUUCGUGCUGGUGGUGGCCCUGCUGGCACUGGUCUUGCACCACCAGCGGAAGCGGAACAACCUAAUGACGCUCCCCGUGCAUCGGCUGCAGCACCCUGUCCUGCUCUCUCGCCUGGUGGUCCUGGACCACCCCCACCACUGCAACGUUACCUACAACGUCAACAAUGGCAUCCAGUACGUGGCCAGCCAAGCCGAGCAGAAUGCGUCUGAAGUAGGCUCCCCACCCUCUUACUCGGAGGCCCUGCUGGACCAAAGACCUGCGUGGUACGACCUUCCUCCACCACCCUACUCUUCCGACACUGAGUCCCUGAACCAAGCUGACCUGCCCCCCUACCGCUCCCGAUCAGGGAGUGCCAACAGCGCCAGCUCCCAGGCACCCAGCAGCCUCCUGAGCAUGGAAGACACCGGCCACAGCCUGGGGCAGCCUGGGCCUCCAGAGGGCACUGUGGAGCCCAGGGACUCUCUGCCCAGCCAGGGUACCGAAGAAGUAUAAAAAAUCCAGUUAUUCCAAAGUCCAUAUGGGUUAAUCUGCUCUGACUUGUUACCGUGCUAACAAUGGGUGCUCAUGGGGGCUCUUUGAGUGUCUCAAGGAGCAGUUUGGGGUGUCAGCUGUCUCUCCAUUGCCCUAAUCCACCAGAUUUCAGGUAUGUUUGUUGGAGGGCGCCCUGGCAUUUUUCUGACCUCUCAGUUGACAUACGAUGUGUUUUGCACCUGUCCCAGGAAGCCACUCUUUCUUCAGGGCCCAGGAUCACAAUCUCCCUCUUCCCAUCAUUCUUCUGUUAUAAUUGGAAUCCUUCUCACUGGGAAUCGUAAAUUUGCAGGCAACAGGACAAACAGUAUUUAAGCAGUCUUUGAGAAAGCAGGGUUCUGUGCCAUGCUGGAUGUUCAGAAGGACAGUAGACACUGGAUCAGUUCCCUGCUGGGCUGCUACCUUAGAGGUUCAUUUUGGGGUUUGGGUUGGAUGAUCCUGCCACAAGGGAUCCUUGGACGGCUGCCCAGGAAGGAGUCUAGGUACACAUCCAGAAGCUGCCUUGCACCAUCCCACAUAUGGCACUCGGGCAGGGGAGGCAGUCGCUGAAGAAUACAUUUGACAUGAGUAGUGCCCCUAUUAGCAGCAUCAUUUCGGUUUUGUGAAUGACCCUGAAAGCCAUCUGCCUACUCUAAAUGGAUUCUGGGUUUAAGAAUUUGCCCGAGAAUCCUCGUUUCGAAAGCUCUGUCCAGCAGCAUCUGUCAUCAGCCUUGUCCCAGAAUAGAUAGUGAACCCCUGCCACGAGUUUAUCCCAGGUCACACAGCUCCUACAGUGCAGGCUGCCAAGAGCCUCGCCCUGCCUGGCUCCACAGUCCCUUCCCUGACUCAGAUUGUGACCCUCCCAACUGAGUCAGCUGCCUGUAGCCAAGGGAUAGGAGGCAACUUUAGUUGCCCAAGAACCUGGUCUGGCUUCAUUGUCACUAUAAACCACACCCAGCCUGCCUCGCCCACUCAUGCAGCUCAACACCGGCCUCCUAAGUUCCCUUAACACUCAGAGUCUGUUCGACCUUGCAAAUGGACUUGGUACUGUGGUCUUUAACACAAGCAAGAGCAAUAUUCAGUUCCUCCUGUGUGAGCUCUUGCCUCCUAGCUGCACGUGCUCCCCUUCCCAAGUACCUGUGUCCCCUGUAUACCCGUCACUGGCCCCUCCUAAUGCCCCAGUGGUUUCUCCUCCAAGAGUUGUGAACAAUAGACAAUGUGGAGUCAAGGUCUCCCCUUUGGACUUUUUUUUCUUUAAAUCUCUCAGAAAUGCAUUUGAAAUAGUGUGUUUAUGUUUUUCCCUUCUAGUUAAGGGACUAUUUAUAUGUGUAUAGGAAAGCUGCCUUUUUAUUUUUUCAGCGAGGUCCAAAGAAAGAUGCAAAAAGAGAUGCUGCCUUUGCCCCGCCGAGCCCGGUGCUAACGAGUCACUGCAGACUAACCUGUGUGCCAGGCACUUGUGCAUUGUCGCACUCUGAGGUUAUUAUUUAUCAAGUUUUUGAAGGAUGCAGAAGAGGAACUUGUUUCUCCCUCAGUUCCUAGCCUCUGUGUUUGUGCUAGUUUCGCUUUUCUCUAUGCCCAGCCAGCCCCGGGGGAAUAAUGUGUAGAAACACCUGCGUCGUUUGGCAAGAAACCACACCGACUAAUGGGGAACAAAACUGGAACCAGGUGGAGAUACUCUGGGCAGCUCCUGCCCCUUCAGGGCCUCUUUCAAUAGUAGAAGACAUGUUUAGUAACCUGUUUGAUGCUUAUUAAGAUGGAGCCUGCGGGGGAGGGGGGCAUGAGGUGGCGUUCAAUGAUUCUAUUCUGUAGGCUUUUUUUUUUUUUUUUAAUCCACAUCCAAAGUAUUUUACAGGAAAGCUAACCACUUGGUGAUUUUUAAAGAAUUAAUAAAUAAAAGAAAAGGAACCUAGUUGCUUAUUUCUUUGAUUUUUAAAACAGCACUUGAGUUAUUUUCUGAGUAAUCCAAUAAAGAAGGAACUUUUGAUGGCAGCCAAGGCGUGUUAGAAACACUGGCAGGACAUUUCAUCUACUGUGAGUCAGAAUGGUUUUAUCCCUCCCUUUGAAGGGCCCCUGCUUUUUUGUGGUGCUCUGGAAGUUGUUUGGAGGAAAGGAUUCUAAUUUUAAUUAAUUGUGCAAUGAGUUAACCUCAUCCACAUUUCUGCUUCCAGGCAUCUUAGGAAAAACAAAUGGUCUUAGUAGAUAAGCGCAGCCUAUUAAUGUUGUUUUUUAAAAACAAACACUGGGACGUUUUUAUUAUAGAUUUGAUUUUUUUAAUGAAUGUUUUUUAAAGUAUAUAAAUAGGACACCAAAGCUGCAGUUUUGUUUUGUUUCCUACUCAAGAUGGCAAAUAAAUGGCCAGCAAUAUUUUAUAACUCAUUCCAACCAGGAUGUUUUUUUCAUACCUUGCCUAAAUCUACACCAACGAGAAAACCAUCUCUGCCCUAAAUGAGGUCAGCUCCUCCUCCUUAUUUUAGCAGUAAACUUUGCUUUGUUCCCUGCCUUACCACCUGACUCGAAGCCCUUUACCUUGAAAUCGACGUUUUUUUUUUUCAAUGCAAAUAAAGUGGUUAAUAAGUAAGAUGUGAUGUUUAAAGUUAAUGUAAACUGGAAAGGUUGUGUGUGGUUGCUUUUUGUGGGUUAGGUUUUGGUUUUGUUUUUUAAUUUUUAUACCUUCAAAUAAACUUGCAGUUUCAUUCUUGC